AUGUCCCAUACUGGUGAGAAAUCAUAUAAAUGUGAUGCAUGUAAGAAGUCGUUUGCACGUAAAAGCAAUUUGAAGAGUCAUUAUCUCACUCACACAGGUGAAAAGCCUCAUGCCUGCGAUGUAUGUGGCAAGUUAUUUGCAUGGAAAUGUGACUUGACAAAACAUAUGCUAACCCACUCUGGACAAAAAUUCCAUGUUUGUGAUACAUGUGGGAAAUCAUUUGCUAUUAAGUAUCAGCUUAAGCGUCAUCUUCUCGUUCAUACUGGCGAGAAACCAUAUGCAUGUGAAAUAUGUAAAAAGUCAUUUGCUCGCAAGUCUAACUUGAAGGUUCACUAUCUAACUCACACAGGUGAGAAACCUCAUGAUUGUGAGGUAUGUGGUAAGUUGUUUGCACAGAAAUCUGAACUAAGUAUCCAUAUGUUUAGACAUUCAGGAAAAACAUCACAUGAUUGUGAGAUAUGUCAAAAAUCAUUUGGAUACAAAUCUCAUCUUAAGCGUCAUCUUCGCAUACACACUGGUGAGAAACCGUAUAUAUGCGAAGUGUGUGACAAAUCGUUUGUAGACAAAAGUAACUUAUGUGAACAUACGUUUAUCCAUUCUGGGCAAAAGUCUCAUAAAUGUGAGAUAUGUAGAAAGUUCUUUGCCUUCAAAAGUGAGCUUAAGCUUCAUUCUUUAAUUCAUACUGGGGAAAAACCUCAUGCAUGCAAUAUAUGCGAUAGAUCAUAUAGACUUAAAUGCAGUUUAAAUAAACAUAUGCUUAUUCAUAGUGGUGAGACACAUUUGAUUUUCCAUACUGGUGAGAAAUCUCAUAAAUGUGAUAUAUGUAAAAAGUCCUUUGCCUUUAAAUGUGAGCUUAAGCUUCAUAUUUUAGUUCAUACUGGUGAAAAACCACAUACAUGCAAUAUAUGUGACAGAUCGUUUAGACGUAAAUGGAGUUUAAAUAAACAUAUGUUUAUUCAUAGUGGUGAGAUUGUUCAGGAACCUAAUCAAUGCAAGAAGACAUUUCCAGAGUCAAGUUAUCUUUGUGAGAAACCUUACAAAUGUGAAGUAUGUGUUAAGUCAUUUGCUUUGAAAUCUGUUUUGAAUAGACACAUGAAUAUCCAUUCAAGUCAGAAAUCUUAUGAAUGUGACAUAUGUAGAAAGUCGUUUCGGUGGAAGAGUUAUUUGAAAACACAUUUGCUUCUCCAUACUGGGAAGAAAUCAUAUAAAUGUGAUAUAUGUACAAAGUCAUUUGUAACAAAAUCCAAACUUAAGAGUCAUCUUCGUAUUCACACUGGGGAGAAACCUCAUAAAUGUGAUAUAUGCAGCAAACCAUUUGCAGAUUCAAGCCAGCUGAAAAGGCAUCUUUUUGUUCAUGUUAAGAGACCACAUAUGUGCAGCAUAUGUAAAAUGUUGUUUAUUCAUGAAGUUCGCUUAAAUAAGCACAUGACUUUGCACUCUUCUGAUAAUACUGUUUAA